AUGAUGCAAUCUGCAAUCCCAAACAAGCGCGGAGACCUAUCCCAAGCAGCGAUGGUUGAAUUGCGCGAAAUGACCAGAGGUGCGUGCGUCGAUAUCGCAAACGGGCGCGACGUGAUGGCAAUUCCAAAGGCCGUUAGGAAGUGGGUGGCCGAAGAUCGGGUUUACACGGGUCGUGCGCUCCUCCUGGCGAUGGGCUCCGGGGGAUGA